AUGACACGUCUUUGGCUUAAGGCAGAACAGGAACGGCAACACAAUUACCUUAAAGACGGUACACCGAUCACUGCAGACGAAGCAGUGGCAGCUUAUAAAACUACUUAUUCGUGGCUGGAAGCAAGGAAGUAUUCGCCAAUACCGUUCCCUCCUAUGUCUUACAAGCACGAUACGAAGCUGCUUAUCCUUUCUCUUGAGAGACUCAAAGAAUCGUAUGGUGGAGAUGUGAGGUUGAAUCAGCUGCAGAGAGAGGAGCUUGGUUUGAUCGAACAAGCUUAUGACAACCCUCACGAGACUCUAGCGAGAAUCAAGCGUCAUCUUUUGACUCAGCGUAAGUUCAAAGAUGUGGGGAUUGAGUUUAUGGAUCUAUACAGUUGUUUGAUUCCGGUUUAUACAGUUGAUCCUCUAGAGAAGAUUACUGAUGCCUAUCUUGAUCAGUACUUGUGGUAUGAAGCUGACAAGCGACACUUGUUUCCCAACUGGAUCAAGCCAGCAGACUCGGAGCCGCCGCCGCUUCUGGUGUACAAGUGGUGCCAAGGGAUCAAUAAUUUGCAAGGGAUAUGGGACACAGGUGAUGGCCAGUGUGUGGUGAUGCUACAGACGAAGCUUGAGAAGCUGUUUGAGAAUGUUGAUGUCACGGUGUUGAACAGGCUUCUGCGUUUGAUUGUUGACCCCAAUAUCGCAGAUUAUGUGACAGCCAAGAACAAUGUGGUUCUGUCUUACAAGGAUAUGAGCCAUACUAACUCAUAUGGUCUCAUUAGGGGGCUUCAGUUCUCGUCCUUCCUUGCUCAGUUCUAUGGUUUGGUGCUGGAUCUUUUGCUUCUUGGUCUGACUCGAGCGAACGAGAUUGCUGGUCCGCCGCAGAAGCCGAACGAGUUCAUGACAUUUUGGGAUACAAAAGUCGAGACGCGACAUCCCAUCAGAUUGUAUUCUCGUUAUGUGGAUAAAGUGCACAUGAUGUUCAAGUUUACCCAUGAAGAGGCUCGAGAUCUUAUCCAACGUUACCUGAGAGAGAAUCCUGAUCCAAACAAUGUGAACAUGGUGGGGUAUAACAACAAGGAGUGCUGGCCGAGAGAUGCAAGAAUGAGGUUGAUGAAACAUGAUGUGAAUCUUGGUAGAAGUAUCUUCUGGGAUAUGAAGAACCGUCUUCCUCGGAGCCUUACUACUCUUGAUUGGGAGCAUAGCUUCGUCUCUGUGUACAGCAAGGAUAAUCCCAAUCUGUUGUUCAGCAUGUGUGGAUUUGAAGUCCGUAUACUUCCAAAAAUCAGGAUGAGCCAAGAAGUUUUCAGCAAUUUGGGUGAUGGUGUGUGGAAUCUGCAGAACGAACAGACUAAAGAGAAGACUGCUGUUGCUUUCCUGCGAGUUGAUGAAGAACAGAUUCAGGUUUUUGAGAAUCGUGUGAGGCAGAUUCUGAUGUCUUCAGGGUCAACAACGUUUACCAAAAUCACCAACAAGUGGAACACAACUCUGAUAGGUCUCAUGACUUACUUCCGUGAAGCCACUCUGCAUACACCAGAGCUCAUUGAUCUGCUGGUUAAGGGUGAGAGUAGAAUCCAGACAAGGAUCAAGAUUGGUCUGAACUCAAAGAUGCCUAGUCGUUUCCCUCCUGUUGUCUUCUACUCUCCAAAAGAGCUCGGUGGUCUUGGAAUGUUAUCUAUGAGCCAUAUUCUGAUCCCACAAAGUGAUCUUCGUUUCAGCAAGCAGACAGACGUUGGUGUUACUCAUUUCAGGAGCGGAAUGGGCCACGAUGAGGAUAUGAGGAUACCGAAUCUCUUCCGUUACAUACAGCCAUGGGAGAGCGAGUUUAUCGAUUCGCAGCGGGUGUGGGCAGAGUAUGCAUUGAAGAGGCAAGAAGCACAAUCUCAAAACAGACGUCUUACGCUUGAGGAUCUUGAAGACUCUUGGGACAGAGGGAUUCCACGUAUAAACACUUUGUUUCAGAAAGAUAGGCACACGUUAGCUUAUGAUAAAGGCUGGAGAGUGCGUACGGAUUUCAAGAAGUUCCAAGUCUUGAGACAGAAUCCUUUCUGGUGGACGCAUCAGAAACAUGAUGGUAAGCUUUGGAACUUGAAUAAUUACAGAACUGAUGUUAUACAAGCUCUGGGUGGUGUUGAAGGUAUUCUUGAGCAUACUUUGUUCAAAGGAACAUAUUUUCCAACUUGGGAGGGUCUUUUCUGGGAGAAGGCGUCUGGUUUUGAAGAGUCAAUGAAGUAUAAGAAGCUGACAAAUGCGCAGAGGUCUGGUCUGAAUCAGAUUCCGAACAGAAGGUUCACUCUUUGGUGGUCUCCGACGAUUAAUCGAGCGAAUGUUUAUGUUGGUUUUCAAGUGCAGUUGGACCUUACAGGGAUAUUCAUGCAUGGGAAGAUUCCUACGUUGAAGAUAUCUUUGAUUCAGAUUUUCCGUGCUCAUAUGUGGCAGAUGAUUCACGAAGCUGUCGUUAUGGAUCUUUGCCAAGUCUUGGAUCAAGAAAUGGAUUCCUUGGAGAUUGAAACUGUGCAGAAGGAGACGAUUCAUCCGAGGAAGAGUUACAAGAUGAACAGCUCUUGUGCUGAUAUUCUUCUGUUCUCUGCUUCCAAGAAAUGGCAAGUCUCGAAGCCUAGUCUGAUAAGCGAGUCUGAGACGUUUGGGGAGAAAGAUAGUAACAAGUAUUGGAUUGAUGUGCAGCUUCGUUGGGGAGAUUACGAUUCUCAUGAUAUUGAGCGUUACACCAGGGCCAAGUUCAUGGAUUAUACGACUGAUAACAUGUCUCUAUAUCCAUCUCCAACAGGUGUCAUGAUUGGGAUUGACUUGGCGUACAACACGUAUUCUUGCUAUGGUAAUUGGAUCCCUAAUAUGAAGCCUUUGCUUGGUCGCGCGAUGAACAAGAUUAUGAAGUCGAAUCCUGCGUUGCAUGCGUUGAGAGAACGGAUCAGGAAAGGUCUGCAGUUGUACUCGUCUGAGCCUACAGAGCCGCAUUUGUCAUCACAAAACUAUGGAGAGAUAUUCAGCAAUCAGAUGAUAUGGUUUAUUGAUGAUACAAAUGUGUAUCGUGUGUCAAUGCACAAGACGUUUGAAGGAAAUAUGAAGACAAAGCCAAUCAAUGGUGCAAUCUUCAUAUUCAACCCAAGAACUGGUCAGCUGUUCCUCAAGGUUAUCCACACAAGUGUUUGGGCUGGUCAGAAACGUCUCUCUCAGCUAGCUAAAUGGAAAACGGCUGAAGAAGUCGCUGCACUUAUGCGGUCUCUGCCCGUUGAAGAACAGCCAAAACAGGUUAUUGUGACUCGUAGAGGAAUGCUUGAGCCUGUUCAGAAGCACUUGAUUGAUUUCCCUAACGUAGUUAUCAAGGGAAGCGAGCUGCAGCUUCCGUUUCAGGCUUGUCUCAAGAUUGAGAAGUUUGGUGAUCUGAUUUUGAAAGCCACUGAGCCACAGAUGUUCCUUUUUAACAUCUUUGAUGAUUGGUUGACGAGUAUCUCUUCUUACACUGCCUUCUCAAGACUCAUUCUUAUCCUUCGUGCUCUUCAUGUCAACAACGAGAAGGCUAAGAUGUUGCUGAAGCCUGACAAGUCUGUUAUCACUGAGACACAUCACGUCUGGCCUUCUCUUUCCAACGAGCAGUGGAUACAAGUGGAGGUUCCUCUUAAGGAUCUCAUCCUCUCUGACUACGCCAAGAAGAACAACGUCAACACCUCGUCUCUGACGCAGUCGGAGAUUAGAGAUAUCAUACUCGGAGCUGAGAUUACUCCACCGUCACAACAAAGGCAACAAAUAGCUGAGAUUGAGAAACAGAACAAGGAAGUGAGACAGUUGACUGCAGUCACUACAAGGACCACAAAUGUUUAUGGUGAUGAGCUCAUUGUCACUCACGUUAGUCCUUACGAGCAAACUGCAUUUGUUUCUAAAACAGACUGGCGCGUCCGUGCGAUCUCAGCUACGAAUCUCCACCUUAGAGUGAACCACAUUUAUGUGAACUCUCACGAUGUUAAUGAAACAGGAUACACUUACAUAAUGCCGAAGAACAUCUUGAAGAAGUUCAUACGCAUAGCAGAUCUUCGAGUUCAGAUUGCUGGGUAUUUGUAUGGUGUAAGUCCUCUAGAUAAUCCUCAGGUCAAGGAGAUCCGUUGCGUUGUGAUGGCGCCACAGUGGGGAAGUCACCAGCAGGUUCACUUGCCUUCGUCUCUUCCUGAGCAUGAUUUCUUGAAUGGUCUUGAGCCCUUGGGAUGGAUGCACACACAGCCUAACGAGCUUCCUCAGUUGUCUCCACAAGAUGUUAUAUCCCAUGCUCGUUUUCUUGAGAACAACAAGAAUCAUUGGGACAGAGAGAAGAGCAUCAUCUUGACUUGCAGUUUCACUCCAGGGUCUUGUUCUUUGACGUCAUAUAAGCUGACAGAAACCGGAUAUGAAUGGGGAAGACUCAACCAGGACCAGAACAGCAAUCACCAAGGCUACCUUCCGACGCACUAUGACAAGGUUCCGAUGCUGUUGAGUGACAAGUUCCUUGGGUUUUACAUGGUUCCUGAAAACGGACCUUGGAACUUUAACUUUAUGGGAGUGAAGCACACAGCGAGCAUGAAAUAUGGUGUGAAACUAGGAGAUCCCAAGGAGUACUAUGACAGUGAGCAUCGGCCUACUCAUUUCCUGGAGUUUAGCAAUAUGGAGGAGGACAAUGCUGGCUUUGGAGAGAUGGAUCAUGAAGACGCUUUUUCUUAA